UGUAACAACUAUCUCAUGAUUAUAUCUAUUAUUUUAAAAGAGAAAUACAUAUAAAUUAAAAUUUGUUUCAUGUAUGAUUUACACAAAAUUCCACUAAAUUUAGUUUUAUUUUUAUAGUAUUCAUUAAUGAUGUUUUAGUUUUUUAAAUAACUGUCACAUUCAUGGGCAUAAUUUAGGUGUCAUAUACGAUUGGUUAUAAUGCAUGUAAACCGAGAGUUCAUACAACUGUACCGAUCACUAUAUAAAAUUAAAACCCAAAACAGUUUUGUAUUCAAACAAAAUUAUUACUCAAAUACGUUUGCACCACAACAAAAAUAUGUCAUACUAAUUAUGCUUGGGUCAGUGUUUAAUCAAAUACCGUUUUAGACGUUUGAUGGUACAAUGACUAGGACAUGGCCUUUGGAUACAAGUUCGGAUAUAAACUGAGUAUUUUGGACUUUCAGGAAUCUAUCUAUCUAUCUAUAUUAUUAAAAGAAAAGUACAAAAUAAAAAUUUCUCUUAGCUUUCAACUUAUUUUUUUGUCAUUAAAACUUAACUUGGGGUCGAAGCCAACAUAAUUCGACCAAACUGGUCAGAGAAAUAGCAAGCAGGAAGAGAAAAACUAAGACGACAUCAAUAGAUGCCGGUUGAAAACCCAUAUAAAGGCCAAACAGAGGACCUGCAGCACUCAAAAGCAAGGAAGACCAGUGAGAUUAACAACCUCUAAUUGCUUCAUCUGUAGCAUUCAAAGCCACUAGCUUCCCUGAGAAUCAGGGUCUUAAGCCAUGCAGGACCCCAGCAACAUACGACUGAAGACGAGUGUCCAGAGUGAAGACGAGUUUUCAACUUAUUUACACUAGAAUACCACUAAGUAAUUAUGAACUUAUAUUUAUGUAUAUAAGCUUUGUCUUUUUCUAAUUUAAUAAAUCAUUUUUUAAAUUGAUCAUAAACUAAAACAACUUCCUAAUUAGAUUUUAAUGCACUAAAAACUACCUAAUUCUAACAUUUAGCAUUUUUUAAAUCUUUUUAUCAAAUUAAACAACCAUAAAACAUACAUAAAUUUUAAAAGAAUCAUUUAUAUAAUAUAUAAAUAAAAUAUAGACUAAUACAUAAAUAUAUUAUUUUAUGUAUAUUUUUAUAUGAAUAAUAGCCCACUGUAAAUUGAUAAAUGCUGAAGAGUAUAAAAUAUAUAGCACAAGAUUUUGAAUUUUAUAUAAAACAAUUUUAUUAUACGUUAUCAUAAAAUUUUGAUCCAUAAAACAGAAAAAUACAUUUGUGUGAAUGCAUGGGUCAUAUUCUAAAAAUGUGGGUAAUACAUUGACUGUUUACAAGACAAAGUAAAAUUACUCAAUAUAAACUAUAAAUGAUUGUGUUUAUGAAUGUCAUAUUAAACAAUUUUUGAAUACAGAUGAAUUAUAAAUUAUACGUAUUAGUACUUAUACAAAUAAAUAUUUGUUUAUUAAAAAUAAAAUAAUUAUGUGUGGGUGUACGGUCAAGAUCUAGUUUUAGUUUAUGUUUCUAUUACCUAUUUUGGUAUUUUUCUUAUUCACUUCGGUCAGGUUCGGUAAAUUUUGGGUUCAUGUAUUUUCAGAUACAACCAAAAUAUCCAACUUGUAUUAAAUAUUCAAAAUAUAUAAUAUUGACAUUUUUGCCAUCUAAACUUAUAUUUAAUAAUUUAGAAAUACUAUCAAAAUAAUUUGUAAAGUAAUCUACGCAAGCUUAUAUAAAAUUCUGAAAACAAAUCUUCAACUUUUUAAUAUAAUUUUUUUGGUCAAAGAACUUUUUAAUAUUUUUUUUUUCUAUUUGAUUACAUCAAAACAAUUUGUAUCAAAUAUUGUAAAAAUGGCUUGAUAUUCAUUAACUAGUUAUGACAAAAUACAUAACUAUUUAUGAAAAAUACAUAACGUAUAAAACAUAAAUAUUGUAUCUUAAAUUUUUGAAAAACAAUAAACAUAAACAACAGUUGACCAAAUUUAGUUACAAAUUAUUUAUUAUACAAACCAAAAUUUUAACCUAUACAAAAAAAAUUAUUCAGGUCAAACUCUAGUUUAUUAUUAAUUAAUUAUAUAUUUAAAAUUUAUAUGAUAAAAAAAAGUGAACCAAGGGUAGAGUAACAUCAUUGUCAUGUAUUACAAUAUGUCUCAGAAAUGGGCAACAAUACAAUAAGCUCGACUGUAAUGGAGAGCAACAAGCUUGCUUGGCUAGCAGGUCAGUACCGUUGGAGAGGAAUUUGACACUCCCUCACAAGGCCCAUCGUACAACAGGAUUUGGCCCGUUAACCUCAAUGACUCAGUCAUUGACCGGCUUGCUGUCUGAUCGAUCGGCUAGAACAAUCAAUCGAUCGGCUUGACCCAUUAGUCUACCGAGUCAUUUGUUCAACGACAGCUCGAUCAACCUUUGUUCGGCUCAAAAGCCCACCUCAUAUGGAAUUGGGCCAGGCUUCUACGGCGAACUAACUUUAGGGCGAACGAAGGAAAGACGAACCGCGGCUAUAAAAGGAUAACACAAGGGAAAGAGAAGGGGAUCCGAAAUAGACACUAAAACACUGACGGUAAGUUUAGGGUUUUGCAACUGAUCGAGCCUCUUUGUAUUCUCGUCGAUACCUUCAACGAAGCUCCGACCUUGUCUCUUUUCCUUAAAACUCCUUGUAAUCCUUUCGUUAUCUCAUAUCGUUCAAUGAAACGUCUUUGAAGAACCCACAACUCGAGUUUAGUUUCAUUUCAUUCGACCUAACCAAACUCGGAUCCAACAAGUACAUUCGUUAGAAGAACGUUCUUAUGAGUGAACCGACAUGAAGAAAACAUUUGUUCCCAACAUCGCGCGUGCUGCGGAGAUGAAGUGUUGCAAUCUAUGAUUAGUUGUUGUAUUGUUGAGUGCACCAUUGAUCGUCAGAUUAUCUCCUUGGAAGAUAACAUUAAUAUAUUCUAGAGCCCAUGUUGCUUGCUUGCAUAGCCGAAAGGAGAGCAGAGAAUUAUCUGUUUCCUCAACUGUGUGCCACAUUCUAGGAAGUAUUUAUCCUUGACUAUUACGGAUUAUUCAACUUAAUCCUGAACUAGCUUUAAAAGCUGCAUUAUAGUUGAAUUGAUCCAUAUCCUGUCGGCUGUCGGUGGUCUUGAUCAGUUCGGUGUCUGAGAUUUGCUUUCACUGCCACGGCGCGCGAGACAUUACUCUCCAGAGAAAGUGUUUCAACUUUGGAGCCGUAUCUGAAUGCCAUAUUGAUCGUGCAAUAUCCGGUGCAUGCAUUAGCCAAAGCUGGUGCAGGAUGUGCUUCGGAGUCUUGAGUAGUGAGGCUCAGACGAUAUCCUAUCUAUUUGUUAUAUAACAUUUAAAUUUUCGUAAGGCCUGAAAUAUUUGUAGUUCAUUAAUACAAGAAGUUACUUCUUUCAAAAUAGAACGAAUACGCAUGGCCAAGAUUAAUUAUCUUACCAAAAUUGCAACUCAUGCCGAUUUCCACAUUGUUAGUGUUCCCUGUAAGAUCCAUCCUAUGAGCACGCGUUUACUGUUUACAUGUGCGCAUGUAAAAGCAGGUAAGAGGAAGGCAUGUAGAGGCAGUUUUUUAAAAUGAUUGGUUAUACAUGUGACAUAAGAUGGUAUGUAAGCUUCUCCGUUUUAUGCCAACUUCACCCGUUUAAGAAUGUUUAUUCAAUUACUACGUGAAGAAAGAGGCAUGAGAAACACUAAUGCUUGACUUAGGUUAAGUUUAAUUAAUUAGGGAUUGACAUAUUCUUCGUUUAUUUUAAGAUAUAUAGCUGACAAAAUAUUCGUAGGUUUAUGCGAGGAAGGUCUUAAGUGGGGAUGGUCCUUAUUUGCUUUCUCUACUCCAAUUGACUACCUAGUUAAUCACAUCGAGAUCUGUCAACUUUUGAUAAUAAUUCAUAUAUAUAUAUAUAACCGUUGUGUUUUCAAGGGGGAAAAGCAUCAUUCAUGACUUCAUCAUUAUGUAAUUGUUUUGUCGCAAUUGAAAAUCUUGUAUUUCUCUUCAGUCCUUGACCUUACUCGCUGAUCAGAGCCGUGCUCACCUUAUCAAUUUUGGAGCAUUGGCCCCAAGUCCCCUAUCACAUUAGUACAUUUUGAGACCUUUAUAUUCAUAAAUCAUAUAAUCAAUAUAUGAUAAUAUGAUAAAACUAUAAUUAUUUCUUAAUACUUUUCAAUAAUAUGACCAUUUUUGCUUAGUUGUUGUGAAUAUUAAUUUCAUUGUAUAUGUUUUAUUUUGAAUGUCGAAAACAUUUUCCUACAUAUAAUUUGAGUUUGUAUAUACAAUUUUCAGUUAUAACCAAAAUAUAACUUUUGCCAUUAAUUUUUAUAAGAUUAAUUUUUCUUAAAAAUAAUUUUAAAAUAUAAAAUUAAAAAAAUAAUUUAUUUUUUUGGUUCGUAUUAAAAAAAAUUAAUAUACAUAUUUAAUAUAAAAUAAAUUAUUUUUGCCCUAGGCCUCUAAUAACCUUCGCACGGCACUGUCGAAUGAUUCACAUCGUAUUUAAAGUACACAAAAUGGUUACAACGUUUCGUAAUUGUAUGCCUAUGAAAUCUUAAAAAAUCUUGACCGAGCAUAUAUUUCUGACGCAUAUUCCGUAUUCGUUCAACAAUUACGGUCCUCAUAACAUAAUUGUAACUAUUCUUAUGUCUUAACCUAACUAGUGAAUUGGUAUGUUCAAAAACUUAUAGACGACAAUCUGAAACAUUUUACCAGAAAAUCAUCAUAUAUAGACAAGAUUUAAACGCCUAAAGUAUCACUAUUUAAAUAAAAUGCAGUAUGACUGGACCUCUGUUAUACUGUACAUGUUCCAUUGAUCAAUGUAUGUCUAUCUGAUCUUGAAAUCACUAAUGAAAUUCAAGGCGUUAAAGAUCGUCAGGUUCAACAGACUGUAUAGACCUACAUGGCUUAGUCGCAUAUUAAUUGCCAUUCUUUUCUAUUUUUGUUAGUGUUUUAGUUCGUUUAAAUUAAAUACCGUCUCGUGAAAUAAAUCUCUCAGAAUUAGGUUUUCAACUGUUAUACUUAUACCCCAUAGAUCAAAUAAAAGCAGGCCUGACACGUACUCGUUUGUGUGUUUGAAUGUAUAUAUGUCAAGUAUUUUAUACAACAGAUGCCCUCCUAUAGGGUAGGCUGUCUUUUUCAUUCUAUAGCUCUAGAACGGCUGCCAUAUAUAUAUACAAAGAUAUCACAAAGCACCAACAAAAUCAAAAGAAUAAAUAAGAACAAAAACUUAAGUUAGUUAUAUUCUUCUUAUGCAAAGAUGAAUCAAAGAGGCCUUAUGAUGAAUACUGGAGAAUGGUCCAUGUCUUGUUGCUCCGAGACCAACUCUAGUUCCACAAUCUACACUAACUCCAUGGCGGCCGCGACUAGAUCAUCGGGCGACGACAUUUCACUCUCUCUUCUUUUCAAUCUCUCUACCAUACAAGACAAAGUCCAUGAGAUCCAAUCUCUGGUCAACUUUUUCAUGAUCUCCCCUAGUAACAAUAACCAAUCCUGGGAGUCAACUUCGUCUUUAGCCGCGGCUAACGUCGAAAGUUUGGUUCAAGACAUCAUCACGGCUGCUUCUUCAAUGAUGCUCACUUGCCAAAGCCUCCAAAUCUCAACUGGCGACAACAGCAACAUCGAUACAAGUCAAACCACAGAUGGAACGUUCAUGGAGUUCUCCCAGGACUUCGACCCGGGUCAUGAUUUCGUCCAAGAGUCUUCGACCAACCUUCUUGGUGUCCGAGACUUCGACCCGGAUCAUGAUUUCCUCCAAGAAUCGUCAUCGAACCUUCUUGGUGUCCAGGAAAGAGAGCAUGUUUCGCUUAUAGACCAGAGUCUUGACUGGCACAGCAUCCAAACCUCAAACCCUAAAACAGAUCACCAUUAUUUUAAAUCAAGAACCGGGAACUAUGAGAUAGUGGAGCUAAGUGUGGAGGAUCUACUAGCGAAAUACACACAUUACUGCCAAAUCUGCGGGAAAGGGUUUAAGAGAGACGCCAAUCUAAGGAUGCAUAUGAGAGCACACGGAGACGAGUACAAGACACGUGAAGCCUUGAUUAAUCCAACAAGCCGUGACAAGAAUGUCGAAUACUCGUCACUCACGAGGCAUUACUACUCGUGCCCUCAACAUGGGUGUAGGUGGAACCAAAGGCACGAUAAGUUUCAGCCUUUGAAAUCUGUGAUUUGCGCCAAGAAUCAUUACAAGAGAAGUCAUUGUCCGAAAAUAUAUAUGUGCAGAAGAUGCAACGUGAAGCAUUUCUCGGUUCUGUCUGAUCUUAGGACGCACGAGAAGCAUUGUGGAGAUAUCAAGUGGGUUUGCUCAUGUGGAACUAGGUUUUCUAGGAAAGACAAGCUUACGAGCCAUGUUUCUUUGUUCUCGGGUCACUCACCGGCCCAUGAGCCGCCGCCGCAGCCUCCGAUGAUCUCACUCUAAAAUAUGACCACGGCCGAAGUUAAGUUAUAAGACGUAUCUCAAAUAACUUGUGUAUUAACAUGAUGACUUCUAUUUUAAUAGAUAAGAUGUUACAAAAGAUUUUUGUUGUGAUGGGUGAAUGCAAUGUUGAAUUAGCUUUUAAUUAUCCCUGAUUCUUCUAAUUAAGUUCAUGGGUGAGAAUUUUUGUUGAUCUA